AUGGAUGAGCAACACUGUUUGAUUCCACAGGCUGCUGAGCUUCGAGCUUAUCUGAAAUCUAAAGGAGCUGAAAUUUCAGAAGAGAACUCAGAAGGUGGACUUCAUGUAGAUUUAGCUCAAAUUAUUGAAGCCUGUGAUGUAUGUCUGAAGGAAGAUGAUAAAGAUGUUGAAAGUGUGAUGAACAGCGUGGUAUCCCUCCUGUUGAUCUUGGAGCCAGAAAAGCAAGAAGCUCUGAUUGAAAACCUCUGUGAAAAGCUGGUCAAAUUUCGGGAAGGUGAACGCCCAUCUCUGAGACUGCAGUUGCUAAGCAACCUUUUCCAUGGGAUGGAUAAGAAUACUCCUGUAAGAUAUACAGUAUAUUGUAGCCUCAUUAAAGUGGCAGCAUCUUGUGGGGCCAUCCAAUAUAUUCCAACUGAGCUGGAUCAGGUUAGAAAAUGGAUUUCUGACUGGAACCUUACCACUGAGAAAAAACACACCCUUUUAAGGCUACUUUAUGAGGCACUUGUGGAUUGUAAGAAAAGUGAUGCCGCUUCGAAAGUCAUGGUAGAAUUGCUAGGAAGUUACACAGAAGACAAUGCUUCCCAGGCCCGAGUUGAUGCCCACAGGUGUAUUGUACGAGCAUUGAAAGAUCCAAAUGCAUUUCUUUUUGACCAUCUUCUCACUUUAAAACCAGUCAAGUUUUUGGAAGGCGAGCUUAUUCAUGAUCUUUUAACCAUUUUUGUGAAUGCUAAAUUGGCAUCAUAUGUCAAGUUUUAUCAGAAUAAUAAAGACUUCAUAGAUUCACUUGGACUAUUACAUGAACAGAAUAUGGCAAAAAUGAGACUACUUACUUUUAUGGGAAUGGCAGUGGAAAAUAAAGAAAUUUCUUUUGAUACAAUGCAACAGGAACUUCAGAUUGGAGCUGAUGAUGUUGAAGCGUUUGUUAUUGAUGCCGUGAAAACAAAAAUGGUCUACUGCAAAAUUGAUCAGACCCAGCGAAAAGUAGUUGUCAGUCAUAGCACACAUCGGACAUUUGGAAAACAACAAUGGCAACAACUGUAUGACACACUUAAUGCCUGGAAACAAAACUUGAACAAAGUGAAAAACAGCCUUUUGAGUCUUUCUGAUACCUGAAUUUUUAUGCUAUAAAUAUUUUUCUUUUGGGGAAACAUCUAAAUGAUAGUAAAACAUUUUAAGCUGAAAUUGGACAACAGUCUGAACAUUUAUUGUCUCAAGUUCAAAAGAAGUUACAAUCUUCAGAGGAUACAAUGUAAUAAAUUACGAAGGGUCUCACUGUGUCUAUCUUGAAUAAUAUGUAAGUUGUGUUCUAUUAAGGAAGGGUCUUGAAGGUGCAGCAGGAGCUUUGAUGAAAGGUAUAUGGAGGAAAGACCAAUUUAAGGGGAAUUAGGUGCUAAUAGCAAACUUUGCAAUCUUAACUCAGCUAUCUUAACUGAAGCAUUUUAUGGGCAAAAACAUAGCAGUAAUACAGCUUCAUUACAUCAGAAGAAAUUGGAAAAGUGAAUACAUCUGAAGCUUUAGAUAUAAGUCAUUUUGCUGUAAUUGAAACUACAUCAGUACUCUAAUUUACCACUGAAAGUAUUAAUCUGUUUUUGUCAACAACUCUUCUGCUUUUCUUUUUUUAGAUUGGUUGUCAUUCUCUAAGCUUAGGAACUUUUCACUUUCUUUUAUUUGAUUUGUUAUCAGGCUCUGCCAGCCACCUUCACCAAAAGAAGACAUAGUUAAAUUAGUAGUAUCUUUAAUCUUGAGAGCCUGAGAAUGGCUUUGUAGAUUUGAUUUCAGAGACUGUGUUUUCACCUAGGAAAGACCAAACUUGUUUUACCACUGAAGUUAUUACUCAUUUUCUAAACACGCAUCAACAAAUAAGUUUAAAGAAUAUCAUUAAGCUUUUGGAAUUAUGAGCAUAUGAUAAAGCCACCAUUUUCUUGGCUUUUCCCCAACUACUACAUUUUGGCAUCAAGAAACUAUAAAAUGUGAAUUUGUAGGCUUAUGUAGUAGCUUUUCAAGAUCUCUUAAUAUAUUCCAGGAAUACCACAAACAUUUUCUAAAAGGUCUUGAGCUUACAUUGAAAGAAAAGAUAUUUAAAACUGGCAGAUAAAAAUCUGUUUUGUCUUCUACUCCCUUCCUUUCCCAAACAUGUCUAUGUUUUGUAUCUUCUAUCAAAACAAGGGUAAAUUUUAAAAUGCUAACAGAAGUAAACUACCAUUUAAAAACUGCUUUUUACUUCAUGUUUCCUCUCAUGCUUCAGAGGGCCAUUUUUGGAGACACAGGAAAGAGCAAUGCAGUAUUUGGAAGUUGGCAUGUUUUCCAAAGCACUACAUUGGGUCAUGCUUAUAAUAUUGUGCUAAAAAUGUUCAUUUCUAUUUUUUUUCCUGAUAAUAAAAUACUGGAAAUUUGGAAAAUAGAAAAAAGUAUAAAGUAACUAAAAUCAGUAGUAAACCACUAUCCAGAGACUUGUCAACAUUUUGGUACCAUUUGCACUAGACUUUUUUUCUAUUUUUAGUAUAAUCAAUAACUUUCUAGAAUUUUAUAUCUUUGUUUUUCCCACUGAGCUGCUUUCCUAGGUCAUUAAAAUUUCUCAAGCUAUUGUAGGGGGCUGCAAAAUAAUUCCCUUUUAUGCAUGUGUUGUAAUUUAUCUCUUAAUUGAAUAUUUGUUUCAACUUAUCCCUGUCAAAUAAAUUUAAUUUCUU